AUGAAGAAAUUAUCUCACUUGUAUUUUCCCUUUGGACUCUUCUUGCUAGGUUCUCUCUUAUCUUGCUUAGCCACGACCGCCCCCAACAUAUCCACUGAUCAAUCAGCCCUUCUUUCAUUGAAAGCUAAAAUCACUUGGGAUCCUCACGAAAUCUUAGCAAGCAACUGGUCGGCUACUUCCUCAGUUUGUGACUGGAGAGGAGUCACUUGCGGCUCCCGCCACCGCAGAGUCACUGCCUUGAAUAUCUCCAACUUGGGCCUUACCGGCACCAUUCCUCCACAACUGGGCAAUCUCUCAUUUCUCAUGUCCCUCGAUAUGAGCAGGAACAACUUUUACGGAGAACUUCCCAAUGAAUUGAUUCGUCUGUCCAGGUUACGAGUCCUUAGUUUAGGCAUUAACAUGCUUAGCGGAAAUAUUCCCUCUUGGGUUGGUUCCUUCCAACAACUCCGACAAUUUUCUCUGAAGAACAAUAGCUUUACCGGCUAUAUCCCACCCUCUAUCUCCAACAUGUCAAAGCUAGAGACAUUGAGUCUGAAGUUUAAUUCUCUACAAGGAGCAAUACCAGUGGAGAUUGGGAAAUUAAACAAGUUGAAGCAAAUAGUCCUGCACUAUAAUCAGCUUUCAGGUUCUUUGCCAUUGCUGAUGUUCAAUAUUUCCGCAUUGGAAAUGAUUGCUUUUCAAGGUAAUAGCCUGUCUGGUAGUCUUUCAUCCAGCAUAUGUGCCCGUCUUCAAGGACUCUCAUGGCUUGACCUUUCCCGUAACAAAUUAAGUGGCAUGAUACCAGCAUCCUUGUCCAAAUGUUCAAAGCUUCGUGUACUGGGGUUGUCAUACAACAACUUUAGUGGAGUGAUGCCGGAAGAAGUUGGGAACUUGACGGCACUCCAGGAACUAUAUUUUGGUGACAACAAUUUGAUUGGAGUGAUACCGGAAGGAUUUGGGAACUUGACGGCGCUCAAGCGACUAUAUCUUCGCCGGAACAAUUUGAUUGGUACCAUCCUAGCUCUUGAAUUUGAGCAGAUAUCAUAUAAAUGUGCAUGUAGCAUUCCGCACGAGCUUGGCCGCCUAAAGCAUCUUGAAGAACUUGAUUUGGGCUCCAAUAGCCUAACUGGAUCCAUACCAGCCCAAAUAUUCAACAUCUCGACACUGCAAGUACUGGACCUAUCGAACAAUACGCUUUCUGGAAGGCUUCCGUCAUCCAUGGGUUAUGGAUUGAUCAACUUUGAAGAGCUUUAUCUCUCUUCGAAUGAGUUGGAUGGAGUGAUACCAGCGUCAAUCUCAAAUGCGUCUAAGCUGACUAUUUUAGAGUUGAUGGAAAAUAGAUUCAGCGGUCCAGUUCCAAACUCUCUUGGAAACCUAAGACUUCUAACAGAUUUGGGUCUCGAUGAUAAUCAUUUGACAACUGAACCGUCAUCGAGAGAAUUGAGCUUUAUCAGUUACUUAAUAAAUUGCAAGUAUCUGAAAAAAUUAGCUUUUGCUGAAAAUCCGCUGCACGGUUUUCUUCCAAUAUCAGUUGGGAAUCUCUCGACUUCUAUGGAGGGAUUCUAUGCAUAUGGUUGCAGAAUCAAGGGAAGCAUUCCCGAUGCAAUUGGGAAUUUGAGCAGCCUAAUGAUUUUGAGUCUAUAUGGAAAUCACCUGAGUGGGCCCGUUCCGAGCACAAUGGAAUACUUGCAAAAUCUUCAAGGUUUGGAUUUGAGUGCUAAUCAAUUAAGUGGUUCAAUUCCAGAUUGCAUUUGCAAGUUAAAGAGAUUGUACCAAAUCUAUCUGGGGCAAAACCAGUUUCGUGGGUCAAUGCCAUCGUGCUUAAAUAAUAUUAGUUCCCUGAGAGAAAUUGACUUUGCUGGGAACUUAUUAAACUCAAGCAUACCUGGUAGCUUGUGGAACCUCACUGAUCUCUUGACGUUGUACCUGUCGUAUAAUUCCUUGAGUGGCUCACUACCUUACGAAACUGGAAAUCUGAAGGUAGUAACACUAUUAGAUUUGUCAGGAAAUCAGCUUAAUGGGAAUAUUCCAAGUUCCUUAGGAGGCUUGCAAAGAUUAGCAACGCUUUCAUUAGCACAAAAUAAACUUCAGGGACCUGUUCCAGACUCUCUCAGUCAGAUGUUAAGCUUGGAAUUUUUGGAUCUAUCCAAUAAUAAUCUAUCAGGUCUAAUACCAAAGUCCUUGGAGACACUUUUAUAUCUCAAACACAUUAAUCUUUCUUUCAACCGCUUAAGAGGAGAAAUUCCCUCUAGUGGUCCUUUUGAGAACUUCACAUAUGAAUCAUUCAUGUCUAAUGAUGACUUGUGUGGCGCUCAGAGGUUUCAUGUUCCUCCAUGUCCUUCUCCUCGGAUUCACAAAUCGAGUCAAAAGAAAGUAUUUCAUAUGCUAGGCAUUCUAUCAGGUAUUGCAGCAACAACAAUUGCUCUUACAACUGCUGCAAUUUUACUUUUAAGAUGCCGAAGAAAGGAUGGGAUUUCAAGAAACACUGAUUUGUUGCCCAUGGGAUUGCCAAAAAUGAUUUCAUACUAUGAACUUGUGCAAGCAACCAAUGGUUAUGAUGAAAGCAAUUUGCUUGGCAAAGGGAGUUUUGGAUCUGUAUAUAAGGGUAUUUUGAUGGAUGGGACAGUUGUAGCUGUGAAAGUUUUCACUUUACUAGCAGAAGUUACUUCCGGGAGUUUUGAUACAGAGUGUGAAGUUCUACGCAACCUUCGCCAUAGAAACCUAACCAAAGUGAUUGGUAGCUGCUCUAACUUGGACUUUAAAGCCUUGUUAUACAACACCAGUGGUUCACUGCGAUCUGAAACCUGA